UCAUACUACAACUCUCUGGUCUAGCUGCACGUGUUUUUUUUGAUGCUAUUAGAAUUAUUAUUGUUUUAAAGUGAAAUAAAAAUGGUAAAAGUACAGAAACCGAAUCCUAAAACCCUGAAAAAGGAUGUUCCAGAAAAAACAAAAAAUAUCCAGAAGAAAAAGGCAACAGUAAAUCCCGCCAAGGAAAAAGUUAAAGUGAUCGGUAAAGCAUUGGAAAAUGUGGCUCAAAAAAACAAAGCUGCAAAAGCGCCACAACCAAAAGGUAAAGUGAUCAGCAAAGCAUUGGAAAAUGUGGCUCAAAAAAACAAAGCUGCAAAAGCGCCACAACCAAAGGAAGAUGUUCUAAAUAAAAAUACCAAGAAAGUGCCACAAAAGCAAGAAAAGCCUGCCCAAAAGAAAAAGCCAGUAGUCGUAGGUAAAGUUGAAAAUAAAACACAAAAAGAUGAGGGCGAAAUUAAAAAGAAUCAAAAGAAACCACAAAAAAAGAAAGUGGAAGCAGACAAGAAGACCACAUCGACGUCACCCCUUUUUGAACCGUCUGAUUUCAAUGAGCAACUGUUCGAACAAAUUGUGAGUUUGGAUAACAUUAAGAAAAUAACAAAGGCCUUAAAAACUUUGGUAGAAAAAGAAGUUUCGGAAAAGAAAACUUCCAUUUUUAGUGACUUCAAAUAUUUGUUGAAUGUUGGCAGUUAUAAAAUUCCCAAUUGUCCUAAACGUAUGGUGAAAUUAAAUGUUAAGCAUUCAUUGGUGGACACGAAAUUGGAUGAUGUGGUUAUCAUUGUACCCGAUUUGCAAAGAGGCGCCAAAGUUGACUACGAGCCCACCGUUCAACACUAUGAGGAUUUAUUCCGCGAAAAUGGUGUGGAUAACAUUAAAGUAGUGCCAUUUAAUCAGUUGCGUCAAGAAGUCACAACUUUUGAAGCUAAAAGGAAAUUUGCCAACACCUAUGAUUAUUUCCUUUGUGAUGGUCGUAUAGUUAGUCAUGUUGUAGGAUUUUGCGGCAGUAAAUUCCAAAAGCCACGCACAACAUUUCAUGCAGUACGUUUGGACAAUCCUAAAACUAUUAAGGCUGACAUAGAACAUGCACUUAAACGCACCGCCUACAAACAACUUCACAAGGGUGAUCUCGCUUCCAUACCCGUGGGUAAUCACCGUUUUACCGUUAAUCAAGUAGCCGAAAAUGUCGAAACUGUUAUUGGGCAAUUGAAAACAAUAUUUGCUGGUGGUUAUCCUAAUAUACGUAAUAUUUUCUUGAAAAUUGACAUUAAAGGAACAUCUGCUUUGCCAAUUUAUGCCAAUCUGAUGAGUGCACCACAAGAAACUCCCAAUAUAAUUGGUCCACGCGAACAGAAAAUGCUUAAAUUGAAGAGACAAGCCAACGAAAUAUUAUCCAAAUUUAGCAUGAGCAAAACGGGAGAAUUUGUUAAGCUUGACAAAAAACAAGUAGAACGUAAACGGCAGUUACGUGAAGCUAAAGCUGUUUUAUUAUCUAAAGAAAAAGAAGCUGAGAAGGAAAAUGAAGACAGUGAGUUGACGACACCACCAGCUGCCAAGAAAGUUAAAAAAGCUAAACAAGUCGAAGUGGAAGUAAGUAAAUCUGAAGAUGAAAAUGAAGAAGAGGACGUGGAAGAUGAUGAUGAUGAAGAAGAUGAUGAUGAAGAAGAUGAUGAAGAAGAUGAUGAUGAUGAUGAAGAAGAUGAUGAAGAGGAUGAUGAUGCUGAAGAAGAUGAGGAGGAGGAUGAUGAUGAGGAGGAGGAUAGUGAUGAAGAAUAAGAAUAACAAUUAAUACAUAUAUAUUUUAUGUACGUUAAGUUUUGUAUAUACAUUUUUCUUUAUACAUACAUACAUAUUAAAAUUAUAAACAAAUUAA